AACAAUGCUUGUAAACAUUUUGUUAUGAUCUUAUGAACUCUGGGUCUCUGAGACUCUGACUCUUCCUUGUCGUGCUCUGACUUGUGAUUUUCACGUGUUUGGAAAUUGGUGUUCUGAUUGUUUUUAAAUUUGAAUUCGUUUGUUGAAAUUGUUUUUCACUAAAGUUUGCAGUAGUCAUUUAUUUCGUAAAAAAACCUUUUUUAUAGUAUUUAUAUUGUCAAAUUUGUUUCAUAAAAUUGUACACAAUCUAAUACUAUAAAAAUGACUAUUUGUGCAGUCAAAUUUUGCAACAAUAAAAUGUCACAAACAAAAAACAUUAGCUACUUCAGAUUUCCAAGCGACCAAUUGAGGUGUAAACAAUGGAUGGAAAAUUGUCACACUGUAAAUUUGUUAAAAAAAGAUCCUGCUAUUUUAUACAAAAAUUACAGAGUGUGUGGUGUUCAUUUUGAAGACAAUAUGUUUUUAAAUCCAAGUAGCAGGAACCGUCUUACAAUGAAUGCCGUGCCAACAAUAUUUAGUGGUAAGAUUUUGUUUACUAAAAUUAAUAUUUUUAUUACUCCGUGAAAAUUAUUCUAAUUUGCUUUUGCUUUUGCUUUUGCUUUUUCUGUGGCUACACGGCUGAGAGAUGCAUAUGGAUAGUUCAGCUACCAAAAUUCUACUCAACAAAGUGAUUGAU